AUGUCGCUCCUAGUUGCGGAAUGGUUCUCUGUCAUUGGUGACGAGGUGGAACUCGUAUGGCCAUCCAAGCGCACCAUCAUGAAGUACCUCUACAUACUGAGCCGUUAUGGGCCCUUCAUCGACACGCCAUUGAACGUCAUAUACUAUCUUCAACUACAUAUAACUCCACAAACGUGUCUUUUGAACUACCGAGUCUCGUCGUCGUCGACCUUUAUUGGCAUCGUCGUUGCAGAGAAUAUUCUGGUCGCCCGGACGAUUGCCCUGUACGGUCAUAGCCGCCGCGUCUUCAUUGCUUUGGUGACCUUGUCGGUGUUGAAUUGUAUACUCGGUUCCGUGGUCAUGUACUUCUUUCUCUCGUCCUUGGCAUUCGGCCCGCAGUCCCCACCCCUUCCUGGGUGUAACAUGGUUCGCGGGAGCUCUAUCGUGUUCGUGAACUUUGUCAUCCUAGUUGUAUGGGAACUAGUGAUUGUCAGCAUGACGGCGUACAAGGCUCUGAACCACUUGCGCGCAUCUCGGACACCACUCAUCCAGACGCUGUAUCGGGACGGUGCGUGUCUCGGUCAGGGUUUAAAAUAUCUUCGUGUCUCCUUAACGGACCUCCCAAUCCCCGAUCCAGGCGCAGUUACAUUCUGCUGUCUACUUGUCCUCUCCAUCGGGAAUAUCAUCAAUUUCACCAUAGUACCACCUGAAUAUCUUGACCUCCUCGAUACGCUCACCCGCGUUCUGCACAGCAUCGUAUGCUGCAGAGUCGUUCUCAACAUCCGCAAGGCCGCACGCAAAGAGGUUAUCACCACCGCGCGCACGUCUUUGCCCUCUUUGAGAUUUUGGAGCCGCAAAGGGCAGAAUGGAGACAUGGAGUCGAGAGGUGCGACUGACUCGGUGCCGCUCAGCGAUUUGAGCAGUUGUAUCGAUCGCAGGGCGGAAUGA